AUGUCCUUCCCGUCCGCAUGCCGGCACACCCUCCACCCUCACCUCCUCCGCCACCCCACCAUCCGCAUCCGCCUCCCCACCACCGCUCGCGCCUACACUUCUCGCCGCGGCGCCGACGAAACCACCCUCGCCUCCGCAAGGCACAACCCCCGUCUCUCGGGCCCCUCGCUCGGCCAUCUCAUCACAGAGCUCAGCGCCACGACGCCGGACAUGCUCAGGGACGGAGUGAGAAGGGAAGGCCACACGAUGGGUGAGGAGCAGAGGACCCUGGCGCGCAACGUCGCUAUCGGCACUGUGGGGCUGCCGCUUGCUUUUGGGGGUGUGGUUGUAGGUGUGGGGUGGCUUUGGGGCUCUGACGGUGGGGGUUGA